CAGAGCUCAGCUCACAGAGUUCCACUCCGGCUCGCAAGCAAGCAUACUCUGAGAAGGUCCACCGAUCAUCUUGGACGGCGGCAAUGAAAGCGGUGGUGAUCACAUCCCCGGGAGGCCCAGAGGUCCUGCAGCUGCAGGAAGUGGACGACCCGGUAAUCGGAGACGAUGAGGUGCUCGUCAGAGUGGAGGCCACUGCCCUGAACAGAGCCGACACCCUUCAGAGGAAGGGCAUGUACCCUCCACCCAAGGGCUCCAGCGAGCUCCUGGGUCUCGAGUGCUCCGGCACAAUCGAGGCCGUUGGAAAGAACGUUUCCCGGUGGAAAGUCGGGGAUCAGGUUUGUGCUCUUAUUGGUGGUGGAGGUUACGCGGAGAAAGUGGCAGUUCCAGCAGGGCAAGUGCUACCAGUUCCCUCUGGUAUUUCACUCAAGGACGCUGCGAGUUUCCCAGAGGUGGCUUGCACUGUUUGGUCUACUGUCUUUAUGAUGAGUCGCCACUCGGCUGGGGAAACUUUCCUGGUUCACGGUGGCUCCAGUGGAAUCGGUACAUUUGCUAUUCAAAUAGCAAAAUUCUAUGGGGCUCGGGUUUUUGUUACUGCAGGGAGUGAGGAGAAGCUAGCUUUCUGCAAAGAUCUUGGGGCCGAUGUUUGCAUUAACUACAAGUCAGAAGAUUUUGUUGCUCGGGUUAAGGAAGAAACAGGAGGAAAAGGUGUCGAUGUUAUUCUGGACUGUGUUGGAGCAUCUUACUUCCAGAGAAAUCUCGACAGUUUAAAUUUCGAUGGGAGGCUUUUUAUAAUCGGGUUCCAGAGUGGAUCAGUGACACAAGUGAAUCUGCAAGGUCUGCUUGCCAGGCGGCUUACAGUUCAAGCGGCAGGAUUGCGGUACAGAAGUCUAGAGAACAAGGCAGAGAUCGUGAGUGAGGUCGAGAAGAAAGUUUGGCCUGCAAUUGAGGCCGGGAAAGUGAAGCCUGUGGUGUAUAAGUACUUUCCCUUAGCUGAAGCAGCUGAAGCUCACCGACUUAUGGAGAGCAGCCUACAUAUCGGGAAGAUACUGCUAGUUGCGUGAUGUUCAAGGAAAAAGGCAAUCGCUAUUGAGCAUCCCACCUUUCCGAUGCAAGCCUGAGCAUGAUAAGAUGCCAAUAGUUAGAUAAAAGUUGUUCAUCAUGAAAUCAAAGUUAAUGGAGAGUGUAUUUUAAUUUCAUAAACUUGUAAGAGUUUAAGAAUAAACUUGAGAGUACUUUAACAAAGCCAUAUUGGUUUUAUACAUAAUGUUAUAGAUUACUUUGCCCUAA